CAGAAGUCUGUGCGAGGGGGCCGGCGCGGUCCGAGAUGGCGGUGCCGGAUACCGGGCGGUGGGGCGAGUGUGGACCGCGACCGCCCGGCCGACUGAGCGCUCGGGGUGGACAGGAGCCAGGGACCGUGCUGGGUGCGGUGGGCAUGAUGGACCUGGCCUACGUGUGUGAGUGGGAGAAGUGGGCCAAGAGCACGUACUGCCCGUCGCUGCCCCUGGCCUGUGCCUGGUCCUGCAGGAACCUCAUCGCCUUCACCACGGACCUCCGAAAUGACGACCAGGACCUGACACACAUGAUCCAUAUCCUAGACACGGAGCAUCCCUGGGAAGUGCACUCCGUCAACUCUGGCCACAAUGAGGCCAUCACCUGCCUGGAAUGGGACCAGUCAGGCUCCCGGCUCCUGUCGGCCGAUGCUGACGGGCGGAUCAAAUGUUGGAGCAUGGCUGACCACUUGGCCAACAGCUGGGAGAGCUCCGUGGGCAGCCAGGUAGAGGGGGACCCCAUCGUGGCUCUGUCAUGGCUGCACAACGGUGUGAAGCUGGCGCUGCACGUGGAGAAGUCAGGUGCCUCCAGCUUCGGGGAGAAGUUCUCACGUGUAAAAUUCUCUCCAUCACUCACGCUGUUUGGUGGCAAGCCCAUGGAGGGUUGGAUUGCAGUGACAGUCAGCGGCCUGGUGACUGUGUCCCUGCUGAAGCCAAGCGGGCAGGUGCUGACAUCCACAGAGAGCCUGUGCCGGCUGCGUGGCCGGGUGGCGCUGGCCGACAUCGCUUUCACGGGUGGCGGGAACAUUGUGGUGGCUGCUGCAGAUGGCAGCAGCGCGUCACCUGUGAAGUUCUAUAAGGUGUGCGUGAGUGUGGUGAGCGAGAAGUGCCGCAUUGACACGGAGAUCCUGCCCUCCUUGUUCAUGCGCUGCACCACCGACCCCAACCGCAAGGACAGGUUCCCCGCCAUUACACACCUCAAGUUCCUGGCUCGAGAUAUGUCUGAGCAGGUGCUCCUGUGUGCGUCCAGCCAGAGCAGCAGCCUGGUGGAGUGCUGGUCCCUGCGGAAGGAGGGCCUGCCUGUGAACAACAUCUUCCAGCAGAUCUCGCCUGUGGUUGGUGACAAACAGCCCAUGAUCCUCAAGUGGCGGAUCCUGUCGGCCACCAACGACCUGGACCGCGUGUCAGCGGUGGCACUGCCCAAACUGCCCAUCUCUCUCACCAACACGGACCUCAAGGUGGCCAGCGACACCCAGUUCUAUCCCGGCCUCGCAGGCCUGGCGCUGGCCUUCCAGGACGGCAGUGUGCACGUGGUGCAUCGGCUGUCGCUGCAGACCAUGGCUGUGCUCUACAGCUCGGCCCCACGCUCGCUGGAUGAACCCGCCCUGAAGCGCCCCCGCACCACAGGCCCAGCCAUACACUUCAAAGCCAUGCAGCUGUCCUGGACGUCACUGGCCCUGGUGGGCAUUGACAAUCACGGGAAGCUCAGCAUGCUGCGUAUCUCUCCGUCGCUGGGCCACCCGCUGGAGCCCAAGCUGGCCCUGCAGCACCUGUUGUUCCUGCUGGAGUACUGCAUGGUGACCGGCUACGACUGGUGGGACAUCUUGCUGCACGUGCAACCCGGCAUGGUGCAGAGCCUGGUGGAGCGGCUGCAUGAGGAGUACACACGCCAGAAGCCCGCCCUGCAGCAGGCCUUCAGUGUGAGCCCCAGCCUGCCAGCCCUUCCACUCACGGCUGUGCCCCCCCAGGUCCUCUCCACCCGGAUCCUGGCCAUGAAGGCCUCACUAUGCAAGCUGUCACCCUGCACGGUGGCGCGUGUGUGUGACUACCACACCAAACUGUUCCUCAUGGCCAUCACGUCCACCCUCAAGUCACUGCUGCGCCCCCACUUCCUCAACACCCCUGACAAGAGCCCUGGGGACCGCCUGGCUGAGAUCUGCGCCAAGAUCACCGAUGUCGACAUCGACAAGGUCAUGAUCAACCUGAAGACAGAGGAGUUUGUCCUGGACAUGAACACUCUGCAGGCUCUGCAACAGCUGCUACAGUGGGUGGGGGACUUCGUGCUCUACCUCCUGGUCAGCCUGCCCAACCAGGGCUCCCCGCUGAGGCCAGGGCACAGCUUCCUGCGUGAUGGCGCCUCACUGGGAAUGCUGCGGGAGUUGAUGGUUGUCAUCCGCAUCUGGGGCCUGCUGAAGCCCAGCUGCCUGCCCGUCUACACGGCCACCUCGGACACCCAGGACAGCAUGUCCCUGCUCUUCCGGCUGCUCACCAAGCUGUGGAUUUGCUGCCGUGACGAGGGCCCAGCCAGUGAACCUGACGAGGGCUUGGUGGAUGAGUGCUGCCUGCUGCCCAGCCAGCUGCUGGUCCCCAACCUGGACUGGCUUCCCGCCAGCGACGGCCUGGUCAGCUGCCUGCAGCCCAAACAACCCCUGCGCCUGCGCUUCGGCAGGGCGCCCACCCUGCCCAGCAGCUCCUCCACCCUGCAGUUAGACGGCCUUGCCAGGGCCCCUGGCCAGCCCAAGAUUGACCACCUCCGGAGGCUUCACCUGGGCGCUUACCCAACCGAGGAGUGUAAAGCCUGUACCAGGUGUGGCUGUGUCACCAUGCUGAGGUCACCCAACAAGACGACAGCCGUGAAACAGUGGGAGCAGCGCUGGAUCAAGAACUGCCUGUGUGGGGGGCUGUGGCGGAGAGUGCCCCUCAGCCGUCCCUGAGCAGACGCGGGAGCCUCAAGUCCCAUGGUCACACCCAGGCCACACACAGAGCUUGAAGGAGUUGGUCUGUGUCCACCCUUCAAAAGGUCCACAGUCCAUACGUCCCUGUCCAGGUUGGGGAUGUCGUCCUCAGUUUCCCUUUUAGGCCUAUAGGAGCGGAAGGUGGGCCCAAUAAAGUUCUCUUGUCA